CCAAGCUGCACCGACGGCAGAACUAUUACUCCUCGCAGUGCUACUAAGGGCGCAAUAAGAGAUUGCAGCCACGAGCAUACUUGCGUACAAACUAGGUCUUUUUCCCUACAAGCCAUUCCAGUUGUAUCACUUCGCCACUCUCCUACCCUUACUCUCCUCUAUCUCGAAAACAUGUCGCUGUCUCCCUUCCGAGGUGGCAAGCCUCCGCCUAGAACCUUCAACCCAGAGCAAGACAUCCCUGAUCUCAGCGGCAAAGUCGUGCUCGUGACCGGUGGUAACGCAGGCAUCGGUGCCGCAACCGUACGUGCGCUGGUGCCACACAACCCGACCAUCUAUCUCUGUGCUCGGAAUAUAUCCUCCGCGGAAGCGCUCGUGGACGAGAUCAAGCAGAAGCAGCCCAAGGCGAACAUUACCAUCCUGAAGCUGGACCUGGGCUCAUUUGACAGCAUCAAGGCAUGCGCCCACGCGUUCAACACCCAAGCGGACCGUCUCGACAUCCUGUUCCUCAACGCGGGCAUCUCCGCAACAGCGCCAACCGUGACCCAGGAAGGGUACGAGCAACAAUUCGGCGUGAACCACAUGGGCCAUGCCCUCCUGACGCAGCUACUCCUUCCGAAAAUGCUGCACACCCUUCGACGCCAACCCGAUGCCGACCUGCGCAUCCACGUCACCGCCUCCAUCGGAGCGCACGUCUUCGCGCCCAAGGAAGGUCUGAAGCUCGAAGACAUGCACAAGCCCGAUGCCCUCUCGCACGGCAUGUCGCGCUACGGCCAUUCAAAGCUGGCCAACAUUCUCUUCGCACGCAAGCUGGCGCAACAAUACCCCCACAUCACCUCCACCUCGUCGCACCCGGGUACCGUGCGCUCCGAGAUCUGGGCGCGCGCGGACGGGAUGAAGCUGAUGGUACUCUUGCUCGCGCCGGUGGUAUGGUGGACCGGCGUCACGACCGACGAAGGGGCAAAGACGCAGCUAUGGUGCGCCACGGCGCCGCUCAGUGACGGGAUCGACAACGGCCGAUACUACGAGCCCAUCGGCAUCGAGGCUACGGGGAAGAGUGAGAAUGCGAUGAGGCAAGAUCUUGCGGACGCGCUGUGGCAGUGGACGACCGAGGAGCUAGGCAAGCAUGGCGCACCCGGUUGGCCGCAGGCUUGAGACACCGUACGACGAACAAAACCCCC